AGGAACGACUGACUAAUGUCCGCCCAUUCGUGUUCACUAUGGAGACAGAAGACGGUGCCAAGUAUUACCUCCAGGCCACCACGAAGCGUGAGAUGCAGAAAUGGAUCUCGCAACUCGCGAAAAUCGGCAAGAAUACCUCGGAGAAGAGAAGGACGUAUGUUGGCCCAGCUUCUGGUCACCCGCAAGAAAAUAUGCUUCCAGCUGCAAGGAAUCUGGGAAGGCAUCCCACAGCAGUAUUCUCGGUGCCUUUGGAUUUCCUGAUCGAAAGAGAGUACGGCUCUAUUCAAGUUGGUGCCAUUCCCAAGUUCUUGGAAGCUUGCCUCGAGGAAGUCGAAACCCGUGGAUUUAUCGAGGAUGGGAUUUACCGAAUCUCUGGUUCGAAACUCCAGAUUGAUCGUCUCAAGGCUGAGCUCAAUGCUGCUUCUAUAGGAUCUCACGUCAAAUUUGAAGAGCAAGAUAUACACAACAUUUGUUCGUUGAUCAAGCUUUGGAUAAGAGAGAUCCCAGAAGGGCUUUUCCCAGGCGAAUGCUUUUGGCUUGCCGCAGAGGCAGUUCGUGAAAAGGCAGUUCACAAACUACCUCUUGCUCACUUCAACGCUCUUCGACGACUCAUGGAGCAUCUUUCUGUAGCAAGCACACACGAAGACGUGACACGGAUGGCUGAAAAACAGUUUUCACUGGUAUUUGGACAAACAGUCUUUACCCCGCCAGAGUCGGAAGGGGUCAAGGCUAUCGGGGCGG